UGACGUAUCUUAUUUUGAAAGCGCAUUUUCAAAAGAGUUAGCCAUCAGAAAGAACAUCGCAAGUCCAGAAAAGACAACAGAGCGACAUAAAAAAUCAUUGCAAACCUCCAAAUCACGCGCUGAGCCUUGACCAUAAGACUUGAGUUUCCAACAAUUGUGUGACCGCUGACCCUGGAGAAGAACAACAUGAAGAAGAAAGCCAGGCGCUUGGGAAGGCACAAAGCGGUCACCAGCAGCAAAAUGUUGGUCCAGUGUUGCGUUCUCUGCCGACGCUGUGAGGAUGACCCCGCCUUGUUUGGGGACAAAUUCACCCUGCGGGAGGACAACAUCUCUGUGCACUACUUCUGCUUGCUGACGUCGUGCGGCGUUUACCAGCGGGGCAAAGAUAGCGAGGGCGUGUUGGGGUUCCUGGUGGACGACAUCAAGCGGGAGGUCCGCCGCUCGGCGCAACUGACGUGCUGCGCGUGCAAGAAGAAGGGCGCAUGCGUGGGCUGCAACGUGAAAAGUUGCCGAAAGACGGUGCAUUUCCCGUGCGGACGCAACAGUGGGUUUGUUUCGCAGUUUACCCAAAACUUCCCCUCUUACUGUCCCAACCACAGCCCGUCCCAGUCUGCAUGCGUGAGCUCAAACCCGAGCCCGCCUCAGUCGUGUUCCGUGUGCUUGGAUGCCAUCGACGGCGACCGACAGGUCCUCAAGUGUCCGUCCUGCCGCGCCGGCUGGUUCCACAGAGACUGCGUGCAGAGGCAAGCGCACAGCGCUGGCCUCUUCUUCUUCAGAUGCGCCUUGUGCAAUAACAAGGACGAGUACCAGCGGGAGAUGCUACGCAUGGGAAUCUACAUCCCCGAGAGAGACGCAUCGUGGGAGUUGGAGGCCAACGCCUACGCCGACCUGCUGGAGGUCUACAUGCACUGCGACGCCUGCGCCUGUUUCUGCACCAACGGACGUGCGCAUUCCGCCAAAACCGGGUGGUUCACAGUGAUCAGAUGCCUGCUGUGCGGAUCCAGGGGGACGCACAGGAAGUGCUCUGGGCUCAAGGUGGACGCCGCUGACUGGACCUGUUCCGAAUGCGCAAAGUCCACUGACAGGAAAGCAGCCAGCCACCGCAGCACCAUCUUCCUGCGAGACCUCCUCCUCUUGGCCACCGGUUCACCGACGCCGCCGGCCUCCCGCCGACUCCCUCCAUUUAUCUCCUCUGGCCUCACCGCCGACACGACGAGGAAGAGGAGGACAAAACGCGGCCGAAGCAGGGCCUCUUCCCGCAGAGCCAGCUCGAGGAGAACCCCCUCCUCCUGCCCAUCAAGUCGUCCUACCAGCCCGGCCGUCGGCCACCAUGCGCACCUCCUGCCUGGCAACGUUGCACCGUCACAGUUUCUUAACAAUUAAGUUUAUUUUAUUACUCUAAGACAGGGGUGUCAAACUAAUUUUUUUCGGGGGCCGCAUUGUAGUCAUAGCUUCUUUCGGAGGGCCAUUAUGACUGUCAACCCAAAUAAAUGUAUGAGCACCUCAUAUUAUAUACAGUUAAAGCUACAAAACAAACUGAUUAAAUUGUGAUUAAAAGUGAACACAAUUUGAAAUUCUAGUAAUGACACACAAAUCUGAUGCACAAUUUGUCUUCGCGGGCCACAUAAAAUGAUGUGGCGUGCCGUAUCUGGCCUUGAGUUUUGACACCUGUGCUCUAA